UGAGAAAAAUAAUUAAGGUUAGAAAAUACUGGCUAUUGGAUAAUGCUAUUAUACGCUUACUAAUGGCUAUUGUUUUUCUUAGAUCGUUAGAUUAUUUAUGUUACACUUGUAGAAUUUAAGAUUGUGGACUAAAUCAGAGAUCUACUGAAAUUUUAAUAAACAAUAAUUAACAAUAUGUCUGCAGACUCAGACUGUGAUGAACUGAGCCAAGAUGGGCUUUCAAGACUUGGUGACUGCGAAGUUUGUGCGGCUAAUAAAGCACUAUACACAUGUCCUAAAUGCGAAGUUAAGACAUGUUGCUUAAACUGCGUGAGAAUCCACAAAAAAGAGUUGGAAUGUGAUGGUAUAAGAGAUCGGACAAAGUUUAUAAGAAUGAAAGAUUUUACCGAUACUGAUCUCCUGAGUGACUACCGGCUGUUAGAAGAAUGCGCGAGGUUUGUUUGGGGAGUCAAGAGAGACGAUAAGAAGAGGUUCACAAGAAUCGAUAAGGAUUUACCAAUUCACCUAUUCAAAUUAAAAAUGGCUGCACGCCAACGGGGUAUUGUGCUUCAGUUUUUAGCACAAAAUUUUACAAGACAUAAAAAUAACACUACAAGAUACAAUUAUAAAAGUAACCUAAUAAAUUGGAGAGUCGAAUGGAUAUUUCCUAAUGUCGACAAAGAACCUUUAAAAUAUGUUGAUGAAAAGUGCCCUGAACAGAAAAAGCUAUCUCAUCUGUUGGAUAAAUAUAUUAACUGUGAUGUGCCUUUUGAAGGAUCAAAAUCACUAUCAUUUUACAAGGCAGCUGGAAUUAGUGGUCUUAAAAUUUUACUUAAAGCUGAAAAAGUUAAAGGAUCAGCCAAGAAAUUCUUUGAACUAGAUCCAAGUGAAUCUUUAGCUGAGAAUCUGUCUGGGAAAUGUAUUGUUGAAUUUCCCAUAAUUUUCAUUGUUUUAAAAGAUCAUGCAUAUAAUUUUGAGAUCAUUACACCAGAAGACGAAUUUGAAGAGAUAGAAGCUAAUAAACUUGUUAAAGAAAUAAAACAAGAUAAUCAUUCAGUUAAUGGAAUUAAUAAUGAAGAAAAAUAUAUCAAAGAAAAUCACAGAAAAAGACCAAGAGAAUUAUUAACAGAGAAAAUUGCAAAAGAAAAAAGGAUGGCAUUAGAGAAGGAGAUAAAAGAAGAACGAAAGAAGAAACCAAAAAAUCUCUUGUUUACUACUGGAUACUCAUCUGAAGAAAGUCUUGAGGAUAGUGAUAAUGAAAGUGAAACAGAAAAAAGUUGAAAAUUUUCCUAUUAUUGUUAUAAAAAUGUUCACUGGGACAGUUUAGUUGACAUUUACCUCGUGCCUCAAGGUGGAUAGGUAAAUUAAUGUUGUGAAAACCAGAUCACCUCUGCCCGUCUGGACAAAAAAAAAACUUAAAGAACUUAAGGAACUUUAAAGUUAGAUCUCAUCCACUUUCAAUGCCAUAUCCCCUAGUAAAAUGCAAGACUAACUGGCUAGGAACCAUUCCCAAGACUAAUGAAUGCCCAUUCUUUUAUAUCAUUCACUCCUGUCAGAGUACCUGUGGAUACAUUGGUGGAUCACUCUGGAAAAUCAUAGUACUAUGACUAUUUGUUAUGGAGGAUCACAGUUACUGGUGGUAGGACCUCUUGUGAUUCCGCAUGGGUAGGUACCACCACCCCACCUAUUUCUGCCGUGAAGCAGU